CAACACAACGGACCACGUCAUUUCACCGGGAUAAAAAAUAUCAAAACAAAUAAGCUGCUCCGAAAUAUUUUUCAUUCACUGCUUCAUAAUUUCUGAUGCAAACCAGUGCAACAAGAAGAAAUUAAAAGGUUUCUCUAUCAUCUACCUGUGCGCAUUUGUUCUACAAACGAUAUUACCUCAAGUGAAGGAACAAUCAUGAGCGAUUUCCAAACUUGGUACAAACAAGUGCCACCGUUUACGAGAAUUUGGCUAACGGCAACAGUCGGCAUUUCGCUGUUGGCCAAAAUUGGUAUACUGCCCGUGGGAUAUCUCAUCUUGCAACAAGCACCAUUAUUCUACAAACUACAGCUAUGGAGGCCCAUGACAGCAGUACUGUUCUAUCCCCUAAAUCCAGGGACUGGGUUUCAUUUUAUGAUGAAUUGCUUUUUCCUGUACAAUUACUCGCUACGGCUAGAGUCAGAUCACUAUAAACAGAAACCUGGAGACUAUUUCUAUAUGCUCUUCUUUAACUGGAUCCUGUGCGUCAUCGUCGGUCUGGUGGUGGAUCUGCCCAUACUGAUGGAUCCGAUGGUACUUUCGGUUCUGUACGUUUGGUGCAAGCUAAAUCAGGAAGUGAUUGUUAGCUUCUGGUUCGGAAUGCGCUUCAAGGCAAUGUACCUGCCAUGGGUGCUUCUCGGCAUGAACAUGAUACUGUCUUCGGGAAGCAUAUUUUCGCUUGUGGGCAUCUUCGUUGGACACGCGUACUACUUCCUUAAGUUUAGCUAUCCAAGCGAACUCGGUGGGCCUAGUCUGAUUGAAACGCCAUUCUUCAUCAAACGUUACUUUCCCGAUGUGCAGGGUGGCACUCAUGGGUUCGGAGUACCGCCGGCUGGACAACGUCCAGUACAGCAACAGCAACAACCGGAUAUGGCUGGCUUCCGCCACGCAUGGGGUCGCGGUCAAACGUUGGGACGUAAUUAGAUACGCGUAAUGCAUUUCGAUGUGUAAAUAAGCCAAUGAUGACAAAAGCUUGUCCUCGGGAUAGAAAAAGGAUCGCCGUUGUCGUCGUACUGUCUCAAUCUCUCGUCACCAGGAUGUUAUUUAGCAGCAAUGGAGCAGUCUACAACAGUCUGGCAUUGCCGGUGAAAGGUAAUGUUUUUUUCUAAUGUAUUAAAUAUUUAAUCUUGACCGAA